AUGUCCUCAAACUCGGGGACGCCGUACAUCUUCUCACCGGCGGAUCACACCCACUUGAUUCCCUACCUGGCCGCACUUCAUGCUGGCUGUAUCAGCUCGGAUCGGACUCUCGCGACUUUCCUGCCCCCUCUGUCACACGAGAAGCUGCUGGGCUGGUGGAAGGAUCGCAUAGCAGAGGUGACUGCAGGCACCCGCAUGAUGUUGAUCCUCCUCGACGAGUCCGAUCCGGGCACCAAGUUCAAGGGAACCGAGCUCAUGGGCGUGGUCAUGCUUUCCAUGCCCUACUCUGAGACGGGCCCGUUCCGCGGUUUUGUCGAGAAGCUUCUCAUCAGCCCCAAGUUCCGUCGGCGUGGUGGCGCCAGGAUCUUAAUGAGUGCUCUGGAAGGUGAGGCCAUUCGAAUGAGACGAACGCUACUGAUGCUCGACACCGAGGUCGGUAGCCCAGCAGAGGACGUCUGCCGAAAAUUCGGAUACGUCGAAGUUGGCAGAAUCCCCAAUUACGGCAUUAGCCCCGCCGUUCCACGACAGCUCAAGGAUCAGAUUUUCUUUUAUAAGCAGCUCUCGACGUAG